AUGUUCAGCCGAAGCUCCCGGAAAAGACUCUCGAGCCGCUCGUUGACCGGUCCUGGGCGGAUAGAGAGAGGCCAGCCCUGUAACGCCUGCGGUGACCAGUGCCCCGGGUUCGCCUUGCAUAAAUGGAGGAAGAUCUGUCUGCACUGCAAGUGUCCCCAGGAGGAGCACAUGGUGACAGUGAUGCCGCUGGAGAUGGAGAAGACCAUUAGCAAACUCAUGUUUGACUUCCAGAGGAACUCGACCUCAGAUGACGACUCAGGCUGCGCCUUGGAGGAGUAUGCCUGGGUCCCGCCGGGACUGAAGCCUGAACAGGUGCACCAGUACUACAGCUGCCUCCCAGAGGAGAAGGUCCCUUAUGUCAACAGUCCUGGAGAGAAGCUGCGAAUCAAGCAGCUGCUGCACCAACUCCCCCCACACGACAAUGAGGUCCGUUACUGCAACUCCCUGGAUGAGGACGAGAAAAGGGAGCUGAAGCACUUCAGCAAUCAGAGGAAGCGUGAGAAUCUGGGCCGAGGGAACGUCAGGCCCUUCCCAGUCACCAUGACAGGCGCUAUUUGCGAACAGUGUGGAGGCCAGAUCAAUGGCGGGGACAUCGCUGUGUUCGCCUCGCGAGCUGGCCACGGCGUCUGCUGGCACCCGCCGUGCUUCAUCUGCACCGUCUGCAAUGAGCUCCUGGUGGAUUUGAUCUAUUUCUACCAAGAUGGAAAGAUCUACUGCGGCAGGCACCACGCCGAGUGCCUGAAGCCACGCUGUGCGGCUUGCGACGAGAUCAUCUUUGCGGACGAGUGCACGGAAGCUGAGGGGCGACACUGGCACAUGAAGCACUUUUGCUGCUUCGAGUGCGAGACGGUCCUGGGCGGCCAGCGCUACAUCAUGAAGGAGGGAAGGCCCUACUGUUGCCACUGCUUCGAGUCUUUGUAUGCAGAAUAUUGUGACACCUGUGCACAACAUAUAGGCAUUGACCAAGGCCAAAUGACCUAUGAUGGCCAACACUGGCAUGCCACUGAGACCUGCUUUUGCUGUGCUCACUGCAAGAAGUCCCUGCUGGGGCGGCCGUUCCUCCCAAAGCAGGGCCAGAUAUUCUGCUCACGGGCCUGCAGUGCUGGGGAGGAUCCCAAUGGCUCCGACUCAUCCGACUCGGCCUUCCAGAAUGCCCGGGCCAAGGAGUCCCGCCGUAGCGCCAAGAUCGGCAAAAACAAGGGCAAGACAGAGGAGACCCUGCUGAACCAGCACAGCCAGCUGCAGGUGACGUCCAACCGUCUGUCAGCCGACGUGGACCCCCUGUCCCUGCAGAUGGAUCUGCUCAGCCUGUCCAGUCAGACACCCAGCCUCAACAGGGACCCCAUUUGGAGGAGCCGUGACGAGCCCUACCAUUAUGGGACCAAGAUGGAACAGAACCAGUCCCAGAGUCCUUUGCAGCUGCUCAGCCAGUGUAACAUCAGAACUUCCUACAGUCCAGGAGGGCAAGGGGCAGGGGCCCAGCCCGACAUGUGGGCCAAGCACUUCAGCAACCCCAAGAGGAGCUCGUCAAUGGCCAUGAAAGGGCACGGGGGCAGCUUCAUCAAGGAGUGCAGAGACGACUACUACCCCGGCAGGCUGAGGUCCCAGGAGAGCUACAGCGACAUGUCCAGCCAGAGCUUCAGUGAAACCCGAGGCAGCAUCCAAGUCCCCAAGUACGAGGAGGAGGAGGAGGAGGAAGAAGGGGGCAUGUCUGCUCAGCAGUGUCGGACCCGCCAUCCAAUCAGUUCCCUGAAAUACACGGAGGAAAUGACGCCUACAGAGCAGACACCUCGUGGUUCCAUGGAGUCAUUGGCAUUGUCUAACGCAACAGGCCUCUCAGCUGAUGGUGGUGCCAAGCGCCAGGAGCAUCUGUCUCGCUUUUCCAUGCCUGACCUCAGCAAAGACUCUGGUAUGAACGUCUCCGAGAAGCUGAGCAACAUGGGCACCCUGAACUCGUCCAUGCAGUUCCGCAGCGCCGAGUCCGUGCGCAGCCUGCUCUCUGCACAGCAGUACCAGGAGAUGGAGGGAAAUCUCCACCAGCUGGGCAACCCCAUUGGCUACAGAGACCUGCAGGCUCACGGAAGGAUGCAUCAGAGCUUUGAUUUUGACGACGGGAUGGCAGGUAGCAAGGGGCAGGGCCAGGAGGGUGUGAGGAUCCAGCCCAUGAGUGAGCGCACACGUAGACGAAGUACCGCGCGGGAUGACGGCCGCCGCUUCCGACCGCACCGGUCCCGGCGCUCUCGGCGCUCACGCUCGGACAACGCCUUGCACCUGGCCAGCGAGCGCGAUGCCAUCUCUCGCUUAAAAGAAAGGCCCCCACUGAGAGCCAGGGAGGACUAUGACCAAUUCGUGCGCCAGCGCAGCUUCCAGGAGAGCCUGGGCCACGGGUCCCGCAGGGACCUGUACGGCCAGUGCCCGAGGACUGUGUCAGACCUGGCUUUGCAGAAUGCCUUUGGCGAGCGCUGGGGACCCUACUUCACCGAGUACGACUGGUGCUCCACCUGCUCCUCCUCUUCCGAGUCUGACAACGAAGGUUAUUUCUUAGGAGAGCCCAUUCCACAGCCCGCCCGCCUGCGAUACGUCACAAGCGAUGAGUUGCUGCACAAGUACAGCUCCUAUGGGGGCCCCAAAUCGUCCACAUUAGGUGGCAGGGGACAGUUGCAUAGCAGGAAAAGACAAAAGAGCAAAAACUGUAUCAUUUCUUAAUGUGAUCCAAGUCAGGGAGUAGGGCAAGAUGAAAGCUGAGAAUGUACAUUCAGAAACUUGCACUGUUUUCCAUCUCCAAGCGCUUUUGGGUGGGGGAGAAGGGUGUGCGGGCAAGGAGAGGGGACAUGACGGAGGCCGAUUGCAGCUGGACUCAAUAGGUAGUCAGUCACAGUUUUUGGCAUGUUGAAUCUUAUUUGCACAUUUCACUUUGGAAACACAGUAGACCAUGGAGGCCAGGGUCGGUCACCCUGCCCUUCUCACCUGUCCUGGGUUGAGUUGCCACCGGCCAGCCUGGCAAAUUGUUUCCUGCUUGUUUUUAUCUUCUAUUGUUCUUCCUUUCAAGACCUUUUUUU